GCAACUCAUUGAGUAUAAAAUUAAAUAAUUUUCAAAAAUGACAAGCAUGGUAGCAGGAAUAAACCAAAUAAUCAAGAAGAAUGGAUUGCCAAAGCAGGUUCUGCCCGAAAUAUUCUCAAGGAAGGACAUUUUUCCGGACUUGCAUUUGCUUGACGGUCCACUGAAAGUUUAUCGCAGCCAAAGUUCUUUUGAUUGGCGUAAAUUGCGUUUAAUAGUUGAAGAUGAAGAAUCCUGGAAACUUCGAUAUAAAGUGUGGAAUUUCAUGGAGAAUAAUCCGUUAUUCUUUCGUUCACAUGAAACAUUACCGCUAGAUGUUCAAAGACAUCAAGCCACAAAGAGAGUUUACACACUCUACAAUGAGAAAUUUUAUGGACUUGAAGAAUAUAUGGAGAGACCUGAUUUAUCUGGCAAAUAUUCAUCUGCUAUGAUAUCGUAUGAUCCCAAUGUAUCAGUAAAAUUGUCAUUAGCUUUCGGAAUGUUUCCAAAUACAAUCAGAACACUUGGAUCUGACCGAACAUUGGAUAUUGUUAAUGAAAAUUUGAAUGCCGAAAAUGCUGGUAGUUUUGCAUUGACUGAAAUAGCUCAUGGAAGUAAUGCUCGUGGAAUGAGAACAACAGCAACAUUUGAAAAAGAAACAAAGACAUUUGUCCUAAACACUCCUGAUUUUGAAGCUGCAAAAUGUUGGGUUGGAAAUUUAGGAAAGACUUGCACCCACGCAAUUGUAUACGCUCAACUUUAUACGCCUGACGGAAAAUGUCAUGGGUUGAAUGCAUUUGUUGUUCCCAUUCGUGAUAAGAAAACUCUCUUAGCAUUUCCAGGCGUUGUCGUGGGUGAUUUAGGUGAAAAAAUUGCUCUUAAUGGGGUCGAUAAUGGAUUUGUUUUAUUCAACAACUAUAAAAUUCCAAAAGAUUAUAUGCUUUCAAAAACAGGCGAUGUUGAUGAUGCUGGCAAUUUCAUUUCACAAUUUAAAGAUCCUAAGAAGAGAAUGGGAAAAUCUUUGGGAGCUCUUUCAGGGGGGCGGGUAGGAAUUUGUGAGAUUGCAAGUACUUAUGGGGUUAAAGCAAUUACGAUCGCAACUCGUUAUGCGGCUGCUCGUCAACAAUUUGGACCUGAAGAUAGCAAUGUGGAAUAUCCUGUAAUUGAAUAUCAAGCUCAGCAAUAUCGAAUGCUUCCACAUCUUGCUGCAGUUUAUGCAGUUCAAUUCUUUUCAACUUUUAUAGGGAAAAUUUAUGGAGACAUGACAAUGAAACUUCUUAUGGGAGAAGAUAUGGCAACGGCAGGAAUGGAGAUUCAUGCGUUGUCAUCAGUCGGAAAGCCAAUCUGUGCUUGGACAGUUCGUGAUGUGAUUCAGGAAUGUCGUGAAGCUUGUGGUGGACAUGGAUAUUUGAAAUGUGCUCGAUUAGGUGAUCUUCGAAAUGAAAAUGAUGCUAAUUGUACAUAUGAGGGUGAAAAUAAUAUUUUGAUUCAACAAGGAUCAAACUUUCUAAUCAAUACGCGAGCAAAAGGAUGGUCCGCUUUUGGAGAAGUGUCACCGUUAGGUUCUGUUGACUUCCUCAAAAAUGGAGAAGAAAUAAAAAAACUUAAAUGGUCGUGGACUCAAACGAACGUUGCAAUGAAACCAGAAAAUUUACUGACGAUAUUCAAUUGGAUUUGUGUUCACCUUUUGGAAAGAACAUAUGACAAAGUUAAACAACUUCAAGCAUCUGGUCAGUCGCAAUUUGACAUUCGGAACAAUUCGCAAGUAUUUUAUGCAAUUAAUCUUGCGAAAGCUUAUGGACAUCGUUCGUUGUUUGAAGUGUUCUAUCAGAAAGUUCAGUCGUUAACACCUUCCCCAGAACGAGAUGUUUUAUCAAAACUUUUAUCACUUUAUGGAGCAAAUGUAAUUGUUAAUAACUACAUUGGAACGCUUUAUGAAGGCUCAUUUGUUGAGAUGGGGCUGAAUGUUUGUGAAAUAUUACAGUCUGGAAUUCUUGGCAUUCUUCCUAUCUUGAAACUGGAAGCUGUCACUUUGGUGGAUGCAAUCGCACCACCUGAUUUUAUCAUCAAUUCACCAUUAGGAAUGAGCGAUGGUCGUAUUUAUGAUCAUUUAAAGUCUGUCAUUUAUCAAACUCCCGGAACAUUUGAAAGACCUGAGUGGUGGAAGGAUAUUUCAUAUCGAGAUUAUAUUGUUAAGUCAAAUCUUUAAUUGUUUCUAAAAUUUUAAAGGAAAUAUGUUGUAUAAUUAAAUGAGAUGGUUUUAUAUUUUUUUCUAAGGAUCGGAUAUAUUAAAAAUGUUUAGUCAA